AUGGCUACUUCUGACGACCAAUACAAGCGUGUCAUCCUCGUCACAGGCUCGAAUUCUGGCAUUGGAUACGAUCUGGUUAGGCUUCUGGCGGAGAAGGGCCACACGGUUUACUUGUCAUCAAGGAACGAAGCUGCUGGGCAGAAAGCUCAGACUAAACUCAAGGAAGAACAUGGUCUCGAUGCCAAAUACGUUCAGCUGGACAUCACCGAUAUCUUUUCAGUUCGCGCGGCGAAGGAAACUAUUGAGAAAGCCGAAGGCAGGCUUGAUACUCUCGUGAAUAAUGCAGGAAUGAGUUACAUGUCGGAACCACAGCAAGCCAGUACCGUCUCCCUCGACGUCAUACGAAAAGCCUUCGAGCCCAACUUCUACGGGCUCAUCCAAACGACACAAGCCUUCCUUCCCCUACUCCGUGCUUCACCCAAAGGCCAUGCAUGCAUCCUGAACGUGUCAACACUCAUGGCUUCGAACGCUACCCAGGCGGCCCCAGGUUCUGGUAUGCACGUCGUCGCGUACAAUACCAGCAAAGCCGCGAUGAACUCUUACUCGAUCGCGUUGGCGAAGGAGCUCGAGGGUGAGGGCAUCAAGGUCAACAUGAUCAGCCCCGGGUUCAUAUCGACCAAGCUGAACGGAUAUGCGCCUGGUGGGAAGACGACGGCAGAGGGCGCUUCGGUGCUUCUUCCAUGGGCGUUGUUGGGACCAGAGGAUGAUGGAAAGACGUGCCAGUUUUGGCGAGGCGACGAACAGCUCCCUUGGUAG